AUGGUUCAGUAUCUCGUUGACGAGUGUGCUAAAGAGGACCUGACGGUGUUCCCGAUAGUGGGGAUGGCGCUGGCCGGCAAAAGCACCCUCUCCAGCGUCAUCUUCAACGACUCCGAGGUGGAGGAGCACUUCUGCCCCAGGGGAUGGGCUUCUUUCGACACGAACUCCGAUCCAGCGGCGCUGCUGCGUGGGUGUCAACGAAACUCUGACCAUGAGGCCUUGCCGUUUCCAGCAGAUGGAGCAGAUUGUUGGAACUCUGAGAACAUAUCUCAAGGAUAAGAGGUUCCUCCUCGUCCUGGAGAUGGACGACGUCCAUCUCCAACACUUGCAGGUCUGGGAUCUCCUAAAGAACUCGUUCACCUCUUGUUCCAAGGGCAGCGUUGUUGUCGUCACCACCAGGGACAGAAAACUUGCAGAGAAAGUACGAACCACCGAGGCCCCCUUUCCCCUCGAGUUGCCAAUUCGAGAUGAAGAAUGUUGGAGCCUAUUCAAGAACUAUGCGUCUGGUGGAAAGCACACAGUUAUGGAAGACCUGCGUGAGAAGGUUGUGGAGCAGUGUAAAGGGCUGGCACCUGUGGCGAAGCUCCUCGGCUUCUCCUUCCGCCGUUAUCGCGAUGAUAAGAUAGACUGGGCGGCGGAGUGCAUGGAAAAGGUUAUAAAGGAAAAUAUCAGACCUUGGCCGAAGUCCAGCUACCUUCAGCUGGCGCCUCACCUGAAACCUUGCCUCCUCUACUGUUCACUGUUUCCGGAAGCUUAUCUGUCCAGCAAGGAGCGGCUGGUUCGACUAUGGAUGGCGCAAGGCCUCGUCGAUCCGCCACCAAAGAGAGAAACUACAUGGAAGCGGAAACGCCCGGAGGACGUGGGCCUACUGUAUUUCGACGAACUGGUCUCCGGAUCUUUCAUCCUUCAGGAUCCUGAGGAUUGCUCCAAGUACGCCAUACCCAAGGCCAUCUGGGAUCUUCUGAAUGACAUCUCAGGCGAGGAAGAGUACGCCAGAGUGACGGACAUGAGAAAACCACUCGGGAGAUGUCACCAUCUGUUGCUGAACACUCAAGACCGUAGCUUUAGAUUGGAUCGAGAUUCCUUCUUUGAUAGUCCCGGUCUCCGAUCUCUUCUUUUCAUGACGAGGUUUAAACUGCGGUUGGAGAUCCAAGAUCAGGAUCUCUCGUCGUUAAAACAGCUGAGGUCACUGGAUCUCAGCAAAACCAGCGUGACGACGUUGCCCGAGUCCGUCGGAGGCUUGCAGCACUUGCGGCUCUCAAUCACACGGGGAUCAGGAAGUUGCCGGAAUCGGUCUCAAAGCUUUAUAAUCUUCAAGUUCUUGAGCUGAAGAACUGCUACUGGCUGGAGAAGCUGCCCAGCGGCCUGAGUAAUCUGGUUAAUCUCCGGUAUCUUGAUACGGGCGAUGAUCACCCUCGCGUGAGUAUGCCGAAAUCGAUUCAGAGAUUCGUGAACCUUCAAAGCUUGGCACGGCUCGAUCUCCAGAUAGACAAGGAGUUGUUCUGCGGGCUGCGAGGGUUGAAAGCCCUGAAUAGGCUGAACAAACUCGUCGUCUCAGGCUUCUGCAACUUGGCCGAUUCAGAGGAUGCUAAGGAGGCAAGCAUGCAGGACAAGAAAUCUCUCAAGGUCCUGAAGCUGAACUGGUGCUCCGAUGAUGACGACGCUGCGGCGAAGUCUGAGCAGUUCAAAGGGAUAGACUACGAAAAGUUUUUCAACCUGCGGGACGAUCAGACUUCUCAUAAAGGACACCCUGCUGUUGAGGGAAACCUCUCAGCAUGGAACCAAGGCGAUUAUUCAGAUACAUUGUCCGCCGUAGCUGAUGAGGAUGAGGAGAACAAUUUUACGGAGAGUGCAGAAGAGGAUAUUUCUGGUUCCGGGUCAAUGGUUGGUGCUGAGCAGCUGCUUGAGGCUCUGAAACCUUGCACCACCAUUGAGGAAUUGGAGCUGAGGACCAACCCCAGUCUCCGGUUCCCUGGCUGGAUCGGACAUUCCUCGUUCUCCAAGCUUAUCACGGUAGUGCUCGAAGACGGCGCCUGAGAAGCCCUCCCACCGCUGGGUCAACUGCCACGGCUCGAGGCCCUGAGCAUAGACGGCAUGCCAGUGAAGACCGUCGACAAGUCGUUCUGUGGAGGCUCGGGAAGCAAAGCAGCUGCUGCAUUUCCGAAUCUGCGCAAGUUGACUUUCUACAACCUGAGGAAGUGGGAGAAGUGGGAGAAAUGGGACGGGGUGGAUGGCAACUUCCCAAAGCUUGAGGAGCUGAGGUUAUUUAACUGCCCAGAACUGAAGGAGAUCCCAGUUCUACCAUCAUUGGAGAGCCUGGAGUUGUGCAGGUGUGAUUCGCUGACUUCGAUCCCGUCGCUUGGGUCUCUCUCUAGCUUAACAGUAGUGGACUGCCGGAGCCUCGAAUCCCUUCCCUCUCUGGAGAAACUUGAUAGCCUUUGGGUGGAAGAGUGAGCACCUGAUGUCCAUUGCCACCUCCAGCUUUCUCCACGCAUCAUCUAAACUGCUGGUUGCCCAUUGCGGUCGACUCCAAUUUUCGGCAGAGCAGUCGCAAUUUAUUGAUUCCUUUUGUUCCCACUGCGCCCAAGUGUUCGGCCGGUGGAAGGACGACUAGGAUCCAUGGCUCCUGAAUGUGAUUGUAUUUUGGUAGAUAACGUUUGAUCUUGUUCAUUAG